UCGACUGUCCGCACAUGUAAACUGAAAAACCUGCGGCGCAUGAAUCAGUUAAGGAGUGUUACUCAGUUUACAGAAUGAAAGAUACGCCGUUGUCUAACUGCGAGCGGGAUUUCUUGCUCAAAGGAAUCGCAGAGAAAAAGCGUUUGGAUGGCCGGCAGACCUACGACUACAGACGCUUAAAGAUAACGUUUGGGACGGACUAUGGAUGUUGCUUUGUUGAUCUCGGAAAUACCAGGGUCAUGGCCCAGGUAUCUGGUGAGCUGAUUGUCCCCAAAGAGAAUCGUCCAAAUGAAGGAAUGAUGUUCUUCAACUUGGAACUGUCACCCAUGGCCUCACCCUCAUUUGAGAUGGGCAGGCAGUCUGAUCUAUUAGUGACAUUAAACAGGCAGCUGGAGAGAUGCUUGAGAAACUCCAGAUGCAUGGAUACUGAAUCCCUAUGUGUGAUUUCCGGAGAAAAGGUGUGGCAGAUCAGAGUGGACGUUCAUAUCUUAAAUCAUGAUGGAAAUCUGAUGGAUGCUGCCAGCAUAGCCGCCAUUACCGCUCUUUGCCACUUCAGACGUCCCGACGUCAGUAUUGAAGGAGGAGAAGUGACCGUGUACCAUCCUGAAGAAGAAAGAGACCCUAUUCCCCUGAAUAUCGUACACAUGCCGAUCUGUGUCAGCUUCUCUUUCUUCCAACAGGGGACCUACCUGCUCGUCGACCCAUGUGAGCGAGAGGAGCGUGUGAUGGACGGCCUACUGAUGAUCGCCAUGAACAAACACAGAGAGAUCUGCUCUAUCCAGUCCAGCGGGGGCAUCAUGUUGCUCAAAGAACAGGUUCUGCGAUGCACUAAGAUUGCCAGCCUCAAAGUUUCUGAGAUCACAGAGCUUAUCAGCACAGCCCUUGAGAAUGACAAGAAUUCCAGGAAAGAGGGUGGUAGUUGUGGUUUUGCAGAGUCUUUGCCCCAGGAGCGAAUCACAGCCUUGAAAAUGGACAUAACUCCUGUAGAGAUGACGGAUGUCAGAGAACGAGCCAAUGACAUCGUCCAGAGUGUUGAGGCCCCACCCCAAACGGUGCCAUCUCCUGUGCUUCCCACGCCCGGCAUCGGGCAGGUGGGUGAGGACCUUGAAAAUGCCUGGGGACUGUUGGAGGAUGAGGAGAGUGAGGAAGAAGGGCAGAUGGACUCAUCAGAGGAAGAAGUGAAAGUGAUGGAGGAGGAGGAUGGAAGUAGGAAAGACAAACAGAAGGGAGACGUGUUGGUAAUAUCAGACAGUGAGGAAGAGGAAGUGGUUAUACUUAAUCCAGAAAAUCCAAAGGCAGCUACCGAGUAAGGGCUUCCAGAAGAUGGAUUGUACACCCAGCAGCAGCAGCAAAAUGCUCAGAAUCCAGUUCCCAUCAACAGGAGGCAGUAACGUCCAAGAAAAAGAAAUCAAAGAAGAAAUGAGGAUGAAAAAUGGAUUACCUGAGGAUUGUCGGCCCACUGUAAUUCAAUGAAAUUAAUAAAGAGUCAAUUUGAACAAUACUAAGGCCCUUUUAUCACAGUUCCCAGAAACUGUGGUGGGUUUUACAGAGGGGGCAGACUGGAUAAAAGAAAAGUCAUUGCAAGAUAGCUCAAGUUUUGAACAUUUCUCUUUGUGUAAAAAAGUAUUUGACAUGUGUUCUGUAUUUAGUUUUUUUUUUUUUUUACAUAAAAUGUCAGUAGCAUUUUCAUGAAAACGGCUCUCAA